ACGGCGGAACGAAGCGAAACGUGAAGCGGGAGAACGGCGCAGCCCGCGGAAGACGGCGGUGGCGCAACGCUGACUCUAUUGACGUGACUCCGUUUCGUCGUCUCUUCGUAGUUUUCAUCUUUGGAGCAGCGCCGGUCAGCGCCGCGAUUCGCCGCUAAAAUUUUUGGCAACCUUUAGAACAAACAUUUUAGAACUCGGCAAGCGAGUGAGCGAGUUGUGACGCUGACAAAAACGAAGAAGAGCGCAAGUUCUUCAGAACAUCUCCCGGGGUUGAAAACUAUUCGUGUCGAGAGAAGUAUCUAUCGAAUAAUUUUUUACAUGUGAAAGUGAAAAAAAAAUUAAAAUUGUAAAAGAAUAUCGAUAAUAAUAAUUUUGUGCAAGUCUAUAUACUGUAUAGGGAGUAAUAAAGAAGUGUAAUUGAAGUUAAUUUUCAAAGAAGUGUGUAACAUUGAAGGACAAGAGAACCGGUUGAGGUUCUUGCGCGCUCUUGUAGUGAGUGUGCCUGGCUUGUGAUCAUCGUAUCAUCAGCGGGAUGGCGUCCAAUCGUAGCGUGCUAGAUCGUCUGUCAUGCAGACAGGUACUGAACAUCAUGGUCAUUCUCGGAUUCAUGCUAAAUUACAUGCUGCGUGUGAAUCUCACCAUAGCGAUCGUUUCGAUGGUACUGCCGAGCAACAGCAGCGGUCAGCAUUUGCAUUCCAACGAAUCAACGUCGGGGUCGGACGAAUGCGUGUCCUGGUCAGCGACGAACGAUCUCACCCCGAUUGACGAUGCUAGAACUUCGGCAAUCGGUGUCGACGCCAAUAGAGUCAACGAGACGAACAACAGCACGACGUUCCUGCUAUCGUUUUCACAACGACACUGGGAAGAGCGGGAACAGACCAAGUAUCCGUGGAACGAGUACGAAGUUAAUCUAAUCCUCGGUAGUUUCUUUUGGGGCUACAUCUGCACCGAAUUGCCGGGCGGCCGACUCGCUGAAGUCAUCGGCACCAAGCGAGUUUUCGGUUACAGCAUGCUUGUAUCGAGCCUCAUUACUUUACUGACACCGCUAGCGGCCACUUUCGGUUACACUGCAGUCGCCGCGUUGAGAAUCGUAUUGGGAUUCAUGCUGGGUGCCACCUGGCCUGCCAUCCAGCCAAUGACUGCUCGAUGGAUUCCACCGAUGGAGCGUAGCAAGUUCGUCUCUAACAUGAUGGCCUCGUCGCUUGGUGCCGCGAUAACCAUGCCGAUAUGCGGCUUCCUCAUCGCCUCGCUCGGAUGGGAAUCGGUAUUCUAUGUAACUGGCGCGAUCGGCAUUAUGUGGAGCGUGGCAUGGUUUAUGCUGGUGUUUGAUUCGCCGUCACAACAUCCGCGCAUCAGCAUGGAAGAGAGACGCUACAUCGAGAACUCGAUUGGCACGACUUCCACCACCAAGCAUCUGCCAGUACCUUGGCGUUCGGUUAUCACCUCGAGGCCUGUUUGGGCCAUUGUGGUAACGCAUGCGUGCAGCGUCUUUGGUUACUUCACUGUAGUGAAUCAACUACCGACUUACAUGAAAUAUAUCUUGCACUUUAAUAUUAAAGAAAACGGCCUUUUGUCUUCGCUACCUUAUCUUGGCAAGUACAUCUUUGCGUUAUCAAUGUCUAUUUUAGCCGAUUACCUGCGUCGCACGAAUAAAUUGUCCGUUACUGCAAUUCGUAAAAUUUUCACGACGUUCGCUGUUCUAACUCCCAGUGCUCUCAUGGUGGUCCAAGCGUUUUACGGCUGCAAUCGCGCGGCAUCGGUCGCGAUAUUCACUGUUGCACUGACGAUAAACGGCGGUGUGACUGCCGGUUAUCUAGGAAACGGGCUCGAUAUCGCACCUAAUUUUUCCGGGACUAUAUUUGGCAUCGCCAACACAUUCAGUUCGAUAGGUGGUUUUCUGAGUAGCUUUAUGGUAGGCACCAUCACCUACCAGAAUCAGACUUAUAAGCAAUGGACUAUUGUUUUCUGGACUCUGGCGGCUACCUAUUGUACUGGCGCACUUACGUUUGCCAUUUUCGGCACGGGCGAAUUGCAAAAGUGGAACAACCCGCCUACCAGCAAGACAAAAGUAAACGACAUGGAAGACGGCGCCGAAUCGGUUGCUCUCAAAACUAAAAUGACUUCGUAGUGUUUUCAAGAAGAACACUUCAGACUGUCAACGUAUAUGAAAUAACUGUUAAUGAUAAAGAUGUCACUUUAUCGCAACAUGAAAUAUUCCAACGGGACAGUAUUCGUUUUUCUUUCCGAAUUAACAAUUUUGAUUGAGCCACUUUUUAUUUUGACGAGUUCACAAAAUAUUUUAAU